AUCCCUUUAGAGGGCCAAUGUUGUUUAUCCAUAUGUUGGACCUGUCUAUGCAAUAAUUGAGAAAUCUAUGCAGAAAAUUAAAGAUUAAAAAAAAAUGUAUUCUUUUGUCUGGUUUCUCUAAUAUUUUCCGAUAUUGCCCCAUAAAACAUUGUUUCUUUCUUGACUUCUGUUGAAUUGGUGUUUGUUUAUCAGGAAGAAUUGCAUGCCGAUUAAGUUCAUGAAUUCAUGUUGGUAACUUUGGAGGACAUUGUCAAUGCGUUGUGUGGCAAGAAGCUGAGAAUUUGAUCUUGAUAUUGGCCUAUUGAGUAACCUUAGUGACAUUAUUGGAACCACUUAAAUGAGUUUUUGAAUUAUUUUUUUUUUCUUUUCAUAUACAUGAUCUACGCACGCAGUAUCUAAAACUGAUAAAGGCCUAAUCUACGUCCACCAAAUAAAUUUCUGAUAGUUAAGCAUUAUUUUAACAACACAGUCUAAGCAUUUUGAGUUAUAAUGGCGAUGGCUGAGUAAGAGCAAUAGUGUAACUACACUAUCUCUUGGACUUGUAUUCCUGGGCCUACAUGCAACUCUUGAUGGAUGAAAACGAAGGGUUCUUCUGAUUCUGGGUAUAUCCUUGGCAGAAUUUUUCAGUUCAAAGCCUUAGUUAGUUUUGGAGGCUCGGAUAGGACCCCAAGGCGUCACUUCUCCUGAUAGAAACCCCUUUCUCUUGUGAGGCUUCACAAGAUUCUGGCUCCAUGAAUUAAAGAGACAAGGUUGUGUUUGCUCAAGGUGAUCAGCAUGAAAACCUUGGUGGUUUUUCUGGUGUAUGUGAUUGUGAGGAUAAAUUAGGGGUUGACCCUUUUGUUUGUGCUAUAGAAUGGGUGAUACCAACUUGAGGCUGUGGCUGGAUAAACCUGAACGAUCAGUGAAUGUCUUUGAAUGCUUGCACAUAUUUAGGCAAAUAGUGGAAAUUGUUCAUGUAGCUCAUUCUCAAGGAAUCGUUCAUAAUGUGAGGCCCUCCUACUUUGUCGUGUCAUCUUUCAACAAUGUCUCAUUUAUUGAGCCAGCAACUUGUUCAGAUUGUGGCUCAGAUGCUUUAGAAGAAGCUGUUGAGAUUAAAACUCCAACGCCUCCUACUCUGGGAAGGGAAGAUUUUCUACCUGUCAAGACUUCAACAGCUUAUUUGUCAAACUCUAGUUGCAUGUUGUCAAGUGUGGUGUUUUCAGCGCCUGCAUUGUUGAUAGAUGAAACAGAAGAAAAUGAAAUGGAAAAGAGGAGAAAGGGUGAGGAAGUUGAAGGAAAGAAGCAACCAUUUCCAAUGAAACAGGUACUGCAUAUGGAGGAAAGUUGGUAUACUAGUCCUGAAGAGGUAGCUGGUGCUCCAAAUUCCUCUGCUUCAGAUGCUUAUCGGUUGGGAGUUCUCCUUUUUGAGCUAUUUUGUCCACUCGGCUCAAGAGAAGAAAAGAACAGAACCAUGUCUAGCCUAACACAUAGAGUUCUUCCUCCUCAGUUACUUCUAAAGUGGCCUAAAGAAGCUUCAUUUUGCUUAUGGUUAUUACAUCCUGAGCCUAAAAGUCGUCCAACAUUGGCGGAGUUGUUGCAGAGUGAGUUUCUUAAUGAACCAAGAGAUGAUAUAGAGGAGUGUGAAGCAGCAGUAAAACUUAGAGAAAGAAUAGAUAAUCAGGAGUUGUUGCUAGAAUUCCUUUCAAUAAUUCAACAGAAAAAAGGGGAAGCUGCUGAGAAGUUGCAACAUACUAUCUCUUUUCUGUGUUCAGAUAUUGAAGAAGUAACUAAGCAUAAAACUAUAUUUAAAGAUAUAACUGGCACUGGACUAGGGUAUGAUGAUUGUUCAACAUCCGUUACAGUUAUUGAUAAUGAUGAGGAUUUUGCUGGUCUAGGGACCAGAAAACGGGUUAGACAUGAUCAGGGUAUUGAUGACACUGAAGGGUGUGAUCAUAACAUAGGUGAUGAUGAGAAAAAUGAUGGAGGUGUUCUUUCAAAAAGUCCACGGUUUUUGAAGAAUUUGGAGAAACUAGAAUCAGCAUAUUUUUUGACACGAAGCAGAUCAACCUAUUCUAGAGAAUCUGUUAUUGUGACUGGAAGGAAAUGUGUCAACAAAGUAGCAUCAAAAGAGCAGUGUAGGGAGGGCAAAAGUCCUUGGAAAAAUCCAUUUCUUGAGGGUUUGUGCAAGUACCUAUCUUUCAGCAAGUUAAAGGUUAAGGCUGACCUGAAACAAGGGGAUCUUUUGCAGUCUUCUAACCUGGUGUGCACACUCAGUUUUGACCGCGAUGCAGAAUUUUUUGCUACUGCAGGAGCAAAUAAGAAGAUCAAAGUUUUUGAAUGUGAUACAACCAUCAAUGAGGAUCGUGAUAUCCACUAUCCAGUAGUGGAGAUGGUUAGCAGAUCAAUAUUGAGUAGUACAUGUUGGAGUACUUAUAUCAAAAGUCAAAUCGCUUCAAGUAACUUUGAAGGUGUUGUACAGUUAUGGGAUGUGACAAGGAAUAAAGUGCAGUCUGAAAUGAGGGAGCAUGAUCAAAGAGUAUGGUCCAUUGAUUUCUCAUCAGCAAACCCUACAUUGUUAGCAAGUGGGAGUGAUGACGGUUCUGUCAAGCUAUGGAAUAUCAAUCAGGGAGUUAGUGUUGGUACCAUCAAAACAAAGGCAAAUGUGUGUUGUGUUCAGUUUCCCCUUGAUUCUGCUCACUUCCUCGCAUUUGGUUCAGCAGAACAUCAAAUAUAUUACUAUGAUCUUCGCAACCUGAAGGUGCCUCUUUGUACAUUAGUUGGACAUAAUAAGACAGUGAGCUACAUCAAGUUUGUAGACACCAUGAGCCUAAUCUCUGCAUCCACAGAUAACACUUUGAAGCUUUGGGAUUUGUCCAUGUGUGCUUCUCGGGUUAUAGACUCACCAAUUCAAUCAUUCACUGGUCAUAUUAAUGUUAAGAAUUUCGUGGGGUUGUCUGUAUCUGAUGGUUACAUUGCUACUGGUUCAGAGACAAACGAGGUGUUCAUAUAUCACAAGGCUUUUCCCAUGCCAGCAUUAUCUUUCAAAUUUUACAGUAAGGACCCUCUUUAUGGGAAUAAAGUGGAUGAUGAUUCUUCACAGUUCAUCACUUCCGUUUGUUGGCGUGGUCAAUCCUCCACCUUACUUGCUGCAAAUUCCACAGGGAAUGUUAAAAUUCUGGAGAUGACUUAAGUUGGAGAAAUGAUACAAUUUUUUAUACAGGAGGUGACAGAAUCAUUGUUCAUGGUUAGCUUUGUGUUGCCAGAAAAGGCUAUAGAGAAGUGUACACAAAUUCCAUGGUUACAUGUUACAAAAUUUUGCAUUGGAACACAUCAGAAGCAGUGAGAGGAAAAAGUGAGUUGAUCUCUUCAAAAAUGUUUUGUAGAUAAAAUUCUACAUUGGAAGAAAAGAAAAGUAAAAAAUAUACAUUAGAUUGUCUUAACGUUGUGAUUCAUAUUCAAUUUAUAGAUACAUAUUUAUGGGCUCUAUUUCCACAAGCUCAGACUUUUGGCUCCUCCAUGUUCAGUCCAAUUUGUCCAAGAAUAGUUGUUAUCAUGACAAGUCCAAACACAUUGAUGUAAAAACAUCACUUUAUUUGAGAUGCUAUUGUUGUUGGUAAAGUUGUGGUUAAAAAGAUUCACAUAUCUAAGAAUCUGGUAAGUAUACUUCUCAAGCCACUUUAUAUGACAAUGAGUAGUUUAUUGAAUUCAAGCAAGGUGGAGAUUGUUAA